GAUCAGACAGGAGAAAUUACUUGAGGCUUGAAAAUGUUGCUUGAAAGUCACCUUACUCAAAAUUUAUCGUCAGAUGAAAAGAAGGCUAUAGAAGAGUUAAAGAAGCGGACUGAAAAAGAUGUGACUCCAAAAAUGUUAGAAGAUCCUACUCUAUUCUACAGAUUCCUAAAAGCUAGAGAUUUCAACUUAAAAGAUGCUGAAUAUAUGCUAAGAAAGAAUAUAACCUGGAGGAAAACAUAUCAAGUAGAUAAUAUACUAACAGACUACGUGCCGCCAAAGGUCUUUGAAGUAUCUGGCUUUUACAGCCGAAUUGGUUAUGAUAAGGAGGGAAGCCCAGUGAUUUAUUCGCCGAUUGGAACACUGGAUGUCAAAGGAAUACUAGCAUCAGCAAAACUGUCUGACAUAAUUCGAUACAAUGCACUACUAGUUGAACAAGAUAUUGUAACAUUAAGGGCUCAAAGUGAAAAGUUAGGUAAACUUCUGACACAAAUUACAUACAUUUAUGACUUCGAUAAAAUAUCAUUUACCACUGCAACGAGUAAGAAGGUUCUUGAUAUGUAUGUAAUGGGUGCCAGCAUGUUUCAAGAUAACUAUCCAGAAAGAAUAAAGGCUGUUUUUAUCAUCAACACUUCCAUAUAUUUUCAGAUGUUUUUUAGUGUUAUCAAACCAGUCUUAGCCAGUGUUCUUAUAGAAAAAAUUCAGGUUUUUGGUAGAGAAGGGUGGCAAGAAAUCUUGUUACAACAUAUUGAUGAUGACGUCUUGCCUGCUUUUCUAGGAGGUAAAAGAACUGAUCCAGAUGGUAAUCCCAACUGCAACUCGUUUGUAAGCCAUGGAGGCCCGAUUCCAGAAAGCUACUACUUAACCAAAUCUACCAAAUCCUUAUCAAAAUCUCCAGGUGUGAAAAAAUUCAUUGUUACCCGGUUCUCUAGUGUUGAUAUAAAAUUCGAAGUUAAAGAGGUUGGUUCUUUUAUUCAGUGGGAAUUUGAAACAAAAUGUCGAGAUAUUGGCUUCGGACUCUACCUAAAAACUUCGAAAGAACACAAACUCAUCGAACUAAUACCGAAGCAAAGGAUAGAUACAAGUUUUGAAUCUGAAUCUGGAAUGUAUAAAUGCGAAAGGACAGGAACUUAUAUCCUGACCUUCGACAACACUUACAGUUGGUUUCAUUCGAAAGAAAUCUACCUCAAAGCUACCGUAGUUAGACCAGAAGAUCAUGUUAUACCAGUUUCAGAAACAGAUAUAAUUACUAAUACUGCCGCUUGAUGAUGAAUACUGUGCUUUCUACUCUUCAUUAAUGAGCACUUGUAACAUAUUGACUCAAAAAUUAAACUGAAGUUCCUUGUUUUUUGCAAAUUUAUAGGCAAUUAUGUCAUUUAUGUCUCAAUAUUUUUAUUUGAUUUUUGUAUUUUUGUCUUAUUUUUUACGAGGAAAAUUAUCAGGACUAAAAUCAGUAACUUAAAUCAGUAACUAUUAGAUAAACUGUUUUGUUGUGUAUUGUAUCCAAUUAAUAUAAAAAAAAAUCAUUAAAUUACUUUUUUUAAAACAUUUUAGUGCGCUUUUUAGUUACAAUUAACUUCACCAGAUGGGACUUGAUCUCUAACAGAAUGAUAAAGAAUAAUAUAAGAUCCGAAUCUUGAGAAUAAAUUGAUAAAAAUAUUCAAUUUUAGAGGAGACCUAUGAGGAAUUAGUUUUAAUAUUCUUCAGAGAAUCCCAUCUGGAAUUCUUGGCAUAAGCUUUAUGACAGCUUGAUAUACAGGUAUGAAGCAGUUUCAAUGUUCAAACAUUUGCGAUACAGCUAUUGUCAUUAUGUUCUAUGUUUUAAUUAUUCAAUCUUUUAAAUGUUCUUUCAAUCUGUUUAAUCCUUUAAAUUCAAUGUUCAAUCUUUUAAAUUCUUCAAAUUAAACAUGAGAACUUUUAAGUAUUUGUUCACAAUUAUGUCAAUAAAUUCAUUUUAAAUGAUUCUUGCUAACAUGAGAAAUUAAACAUGAGACAAAUUAAACAUGAGAACUUUUAAGUAUUUGUUCACAAUUAUGUCAAUAAAUUCAUUUUAAAUGAUUCUUGCUUCGCUAAAAUGUUAAAUAUACUGAUGUGCAAAUUCUAAGAACUAUGAAUCAUUUUGUAGUACUUAAUUUUAUGAUAUGAAUUAUAAAUAAAUUUUUAUUUCACAUUAAAUUCAUUUGUAUGCAUAACAGAGAAAUGGAAUGGAUUUGUUGAUUCUUGCUUCGCUAAAAUGUUAAAUAUACUGAUGUGCAAAUUCUAAAGAACUAUGAAUCAUUUUGUAGUACUUAAUUUUAUGAUAUGAAUUAUAAAUAAAUUUUUAUUUCACAUUAAAUUCAUUUGUAUGCAUAACAGAGAAAUGGAAUGGAUUUGUUUUGGCAAUUUCUUGGUUUUUGGAAAUACUCUGAAUUCUGUGCAAAGUUAAUGGUGUACAUUGUUGCGUGACUGUAGCCUAUAAAUGCUCAUUUUGUUAAUAUUUUCACCAUUUUCAUCAAAUAACUAUGCAUUUUGUUUCAUUGUUGAUUUUUUAACCAUCAUAUACGUAACUUAUGUUAUUUAAUGAUAAAAAAGCAAUAAAUUUUAUUGGGAAGCAUUA